CAGCUCGAGGCGUAACGGUUUCCCCCUGGGCCGGAACCCCACCCCCAAAACAAGACGCUCUUCUGGGGGCGGGGUACGCCUGCCAAUCAACACGAAGCUCCACCCGCUUGAGACCACCGAGGCUUCGGCACUGCUUCCGCUCGCCUGGGUUUCGCUGAGAGGAAAUACAAACUUAACUACCGGAAGCGCACUCCAAUCAUUGCAUAUCUGACCAGUAAAAGUGUGGACAGCACUAUCAGUCAUUGUGUUCGCCAAUCAAUGUAGGCAUAGAAGCUAAUGUUUUCGUUUUGAUUGAGUGCUAUGGUCCAGAAUCGAUCGUUGUGAAACGGUCUCAUUCCCGGAACAUUGAUGUAGCACAAAGUAUCAGCUUGGGGCAGACUGCACCAGUGCUUGAAACCGUUGGCCCAUGCCAUGCCUGGUGGACGGCGGGGUCCGAGUCGGCAGCAGCUGAGCCGUUCAGCAUUACCUUCUCUGCAGACGAUUGUAGGUGGGACCUGUGGGAAUGGGACUGGAAUGAGGAACAGGAAUGGCAGUGCCAUUGGUCUGUCAGCCCCUCCCAUCACUGCCCUGAUAACCCCAGAACCUGUUCGCCACUGCCGUAUUCCUGACCUUCCAACAGAUGGAUGCCUUGUCUUUGAGCUUCUUUUUUUCAUUUACUUGCUAAUGGCCCUCCUUGUCCAGUACAUUAACAUCUAUAAAACAGUCUGGUGGUUUCCAUACAAUCACCCUGCAGCUUCUACCUCACUGAGCUUUCAUCUGAUUGACUAUCAUUUGGCAGCAUUUAUUACUAUAAUGUUGGCCCGACGACUGGUUUGGACCCUUGUUUCAGAGGCGUCUCAAACAAGUACAACCUCUAUAGUGUGGUACACUUUGUUGAUAGUGGCCCGUUUGGUACUGCUAACGUUGUGUGGCUGGGUACUGUGCUGGACACUUGUCAAUCUUAUUCGGAAUCAUUCUGUACUAAAUCUCCUUUUCCUUGGAUACCCAUUUGGUGUUUACGUGCCACUGUGUUGUUUCCACCAGGAAAAUAGGACUCAACCAUUACCGGCUGAAUGUGGCUUCCUGUUAAAUGACCAGCUGGAAACAGUCAUGGUCAGGCCAAAGGACUUUUUCACACUUCUCCGAGAAUCAUUCAGAGAACAGUUCAAUAACCCAACAUCUAUCCCUGCUCACACUUGCCCCCUCUCCCCAGACCUUAUUCGAAAUGAGGUUGAAUGUCUAAAAGCAGAUUUUAAUAAAAGGAUAAAAGAGGUUCUCUUCAAUUCCCUGUUUAGUGCCUACUAUGUAGCAUUUUUGCCUCUUUGUUUUGUAAAGAGUACACAGUACUAUGACAUGCGGUGGUCUUGUGAGCAUCUCAUAAUGGUUUGGGUUAAUGCCUUUGUAAUGCUGAUGAGCCAGCUGUUGCCACCCAGAUAUUGUGAUCUACUCCAUAAAUCAGCUGCUCAUCUGGGGAAAUGGCAAAAAAUGGAACAUGGUUCAUACAGUAACACGCCACAACACAUAUGGUCUGAAACCACAAUUUGGCCACAAGGUGUGUUGGUACGACACAAUCGAUGCCUUUAUAAAGCUAUAGGACCUUAUAAUGUAGCAGUGCCUUCUGAUGUAUCACAUGCCAGAUUUUAUUUUUUGUUCCAUAAGCCAUUACGGAUACUGAAUCUCCUCAUCCUCAUAGAAGGCAGUGUAGUGCUGUAUCAACUGUAUUCUCUGCUUCGGUCAGAAAAAUGGAACCAUAUACUUUCCUUGGCUCUGAUACUGUUUUGUAACUACUAUGUCUUAUUUAAACUUCUAAGGGACCGGAUUGUGCUGGGUAAAGCAUAUGCUUAUCCUCUGGGUACCAUUGGACUUAAAUCUCACUAGUCUAAAGCAAAGAGGGAAAGGGGAAAGGAUUUAAAGAAAUUAUUUUGAUACGGUUUCUAUUUUUCAUGCAGUGUUUAAAUAUUUAAGAUAUUUUAUAUUUUGUAUACUUGGAUAUUUUGAAGAGCUAUUGUUCUUUGCAUAAGCAAGUUGUAUUUUUCAUCUACUUAGCAACUUCACAAGCUAAGUGUGCGCUUUGCUCCAUAUGACAAGUGCCAUUUAUAAUCGCAAUAAUCAACACGUGUAGUAUUGAUCAGAGGAAUAAAGGAUGAUAUGAAA